CUCCUAAGACAUAAAAGAACUCACACUGGAGAAAAACCCUAUGAAUGUAACCAGUGUGGUAAAGCCUUUGCAUGUAACCGUGAUCUCCUAAGACAUAAAAGAACUCACACUGGAGAAAAACCCUAUGAAUGUAACCAGUGUGGUAAAGCCUUUGCAUGUAACCGUGAUCUCCUAAGACAUAAAAGAACUCACACUGGAGAAAAACCCUAUGAAUGUAACCAGUGUGGUAAAGCCUUUGCAUACAACAAUGUUCUCCUAAUACAUAAAAAGAAUCACACUGGAGAAAAACUUUAUGAAUGUUACCAAUGUGGUAAAGCCUUUGCACAGAGGUGUACUCUCCUAGUACAUAGCAGAACUCAUACUGGAGAAAAACCCUAUGAAUGUAACCAGUGUGGUAAAGUCUUUUCAUAUAACCAUAAUCUCCUACUUCAUAAAAGAACUCACACUGGAGAGAAACCCUAUGAAUGUAACCAGUGUGGUAAAGCCUUUGCAUACAACCAUGUUCUCCUAAUUCAUAAGAAAGCUCACACGGGAGAGAAACGUUAUGAAUGUAACCAAUGUGGUAAAGCCUUUGCACAGAACAGUCAUCUCCUAAGACAUAAAAGAACUCACACUGGAGAAAAACCUUAUGAAUGCAACCAAUGUGGUAAAGCCUUUGCGUCUAACAGUGAUCUCCUAAUGCAUAAAAGAACUCACACGGGAGAGAAAAGUUAUGAAUGUAAUCAAUGUGGUAAAGCCUUUGCAUGUAAAAGUAAUCUCUUAAGACAUAAAAGAACUCACACUGGAGAAAAAACUUAUGAAUGUAACCAAUGUGGUAAAGCCUUUGCAGAUAACAGUGAUUUCCUAAGACAUAAAGGAACUCACGCUGGAGUAAAACCUUAUGAAUGUAACCAAUGUGGUAAAGCCUUUGCACAAAGGUGUACUCUCCUCGUACAUAACAGAACACACACUGGAGAAAACCCCUAUGAAUGUAACCAGUGUGGUAAAGCCUUUGCAGAUAACAGUAAUCUCCUAGUACAUGUAAGAACUCACACUGGACAGAAACCUUAUGAAUGUAACCAAUGUGGUAAAGCCUUUGCAUAUAACAGUGCUCUCCUAAGACAUAAAAGAACUCACACUGGAGAGAAAAUGUCAUAA